CACUUGAACGUAACCCCUUAUUUCAAUUGACAUUCAUUCACAAAACCCCACCUUCGUUGUCGUAGAUCCGAUCUCCUCCCGCCCACCCCUGUUUCUCUCUCUCGUUUCCCUCGUAACUCUGAAUCUCAAACCCCUGUUCUCUCUGUAUCAUCGAUCAGCAAUUUCGGUCAACUCAGAAUCAUGUGUCUGCAAUUCCAGUGCUAAUGGAACACGGAGAUGAUACCCACCGAGCCGGCAUUCGACGAUAAUGCAGAUGCAGACCACACUGAGUUAUUGAGCUGCGCUUCUCUCAGUCGUGCGCCUUCGUUUUCGGGCUGGUGCGAUACCAACCAGCCCUUACAAACUGAUCAUCGAACACGAGGUGGCAACGACGACGACGGAGAAGAUUUUGAGCUUACAUUUCAGUCGCGGAAUCUUCAAGCGAUUGGGAUGGAUAAGCGCGGUGAUUUGGAGAGAGAUUGUGAUGGUGCUAAUGGUCGGAAUGGGGUUAAUGAGAGUUAUGUGCCUUUUGAUGUUGAAGAAGAUAGUGGGAUGAGUAUUGAGGGUUCUAGUAGUGAAUUGUCACCUGCUAAUGUGCUCAAGACUUUGUUCUUUAUUUGCGUUUGGUAUACUUUUAGCUUGUUUUUGACACUGUACAAUAAAUCCUUAUUAGGGGAUCACCUGGGGAAAUUCCCAGCUCCCUUGUUGAUGAACACAUUUCAUUUUGUAAUGCAAGCUGUUUUGUCUAGAGCUAUUACUUGGAUUUGGUAUGAAAGAUUUCAUAAAGGUGUACGCAUGACAUGGAAGGAUUAUUUUUCCAAAGUUUUUCCCACAUCUCUGGCAACGGCACUGGAUAUUAAUCUGAGCAAUGCAUCACUUGUUUUCAUCUCUGUUACAUUUGCCACUAUGUGUAAAUCGGCAUCUCCAAUAUUUCUUCUCGUCUUUGCUUUCGCGUUCAGGUUGGAGUCUCCAAGUCUUAAACUUUUUGGAAUCAUUCUAGUCAUCUCAUUUGGAAUCCUGUUGACUGUUGCAAAGGAAACAGAAUUUGAGUUUUGGGGAUUUAUCUUUGUUAUGCUUGCUGCUGUUAUGUCUGGAUUUCGCUGGUGUAUGACACAGAUUCUGCUCCAGAAAGAAUCCUAUGGUUUAAAGAAUCCACUUACCUUCAUGAGCUAUGUGACCCCUAUAAUGGCACUGGCAACUGGUUUAAUGUCCCUUUUGUUGGACCCUUGGCAUGAGUUCCCACAGAAUGAAUAUUUUAACAGCUCCUGGCAUAUCACAAGAAGUUGUUUGCUCAUGCUUUUUGGCGGUACACUGGCCUUCUUUAUGGUACUAACAGAGUAUAUUCUGAUCUCAGUAACUAGUGCCAUGACAGUCACGGUAGCGGGAAUUGUCAAGGAAGCUGUUACCAUAAUUGUUGCUGUCUUUUACUUCCAUGACGACUUUACAUGGUUGAAAGGGAUCGGUCUUCUGAUAAUUAUGGUUGGUGUCGGUUUAUUUAAUUGGUUCAAAUAUCAGAAGCAUCAGAAGGGUAAAGUCCAUGAAAAUCCUGGGGAACAGUCAGGUGCAAGUUAUAUCCCUGCUAAAUAUGUCAUUCUUGAAGAGGCAGAUGAUCAACACGAUGGCAUUUGAAACCUUUCUAUGAGGGUUCCCUCAAUGGACAUUUGGUUUGGUUUAGAAUGAACUUGUAAAAAGAGCAUCAACCAUCUUCUUCAGGCAUACUAUAUAUCAUAUGCAUACAAGUUAGUUUGUCUUCAAACUUCCUGUUGGACUGCUAGCAAAUGUUGCAGGUUCUGGUGGCAAAUCCUGUGUCAUACCACUCAUAUGUACUCAUACCAGACAGGCAGACUUGGACUUCCCAGAUAAAGCGCCAUCUUUUUCUGAAAUAUCACAUUGUCAAGCUGGCUCGCUGUAUCAUUUUUGCCCUCUGUACCUUUAUACUACUAGAUUGUAUAUGUAGAUUAUGUAUCAUCCAAGACAUAUAAUUUUACUCCAUUUUCGAAAUAGGCUCAAGGUCAUUCUAGCAAACUUUUGUACAUUAAUAUGGUUGCUCUUUUGUAAAUUGCAAAAUAUUGUAAUAUUCAAUUUUGGAUAAAUAGUAAUAACAUUUUUUCAACUAUUCAAUUUCUA